AUGGGCACCUCGGGUAAGCGAUCCGGUGAAGAAGGUCGACCGAAGAUCCGCGUGAAGGGCAAAUCCGCCCCGGUUCCGGAAGUGAAGAGGGAGAAGGUUAAGAAAGAGAAGAAAGAGAAGAAAGAGAAGAAGGCUGCCGAAGAGCAGCCGGAGGCCGUGGUGGAGCCGAGGUCCAAGCGCCCGAAGACGUCUACGUCUCUGGCUCUUGUGCCAGCAGCACGGAGCGAUGCCAGUCCCAGCGAGCCUUCAACCCCGGCGGAGAAAAUCCGCCAUGGGAUGUCGUCCCCUUCGGCAUCCCAACGUGCUCACGUGGAGGCGCUCAUGGAGGUGAAGAAGGCGGCGGCUGCUGCGAAUAUGAGCGUGGAGGAGUACUUGACCGCCCAGUCCGGGAAGCAGCUGGAGGAUCGUUUGGAGGCAGCUGCAUCGCAGGAUGAAGACGGUGGGGAGGAUUCCUCCGAUGCCUCGGAGGCAUCAGCCGAGGAGUCCGACGAGGCGGAACAGAGCAGCGCCGCCUCUGACUCCGACUCCGAUGAUGCGGGGUCGGACGGCAGCGCGGGGGACGGCAGCGAGGCGUCGGACGAGGACGAGGCAAGCGAUGACAUCGACGGCGAGCCCAUGGACUCAGAUGAGGAGGAGAUCUUGCCAAAGCAGACGGCCAACAGCAAGCCUCCGACCACGGUGCCCAAGGUGGAGAAAGAGAUGAAGGACAAGACGGGCAAGACGGAGAAGAGGACCAAGGAUGAGAGAACGGAGAAGACGGGCAAGGCAGAGAAGGCCCCCAAGGUUGACAAGCAGAACAAGACGGACAAGGAAUCCAAAAAGAAGACGGCCGAGGCAGAGAAGGCCCCCAAUGAGACGGUCGAGGCAGAGAAGGCCCCCAAGGUUGAGAAGCUCCAGCCGAAGGUUGCCAAAGAGAUCGGCAAGGCCAUGGUCCUAGCCGAGCAGACGACGCAGCAGGGAGUUGUUGCGUUGUGUGAUGCCAACAGCAAGACGCACAAAAACGAGUGGAACCAGUUCAGCAGACAAUGCUUGGACAAGAAAAAGUGUACAACAUCAAUGGCAGCACAUGUGGAACGAAACAAGCUCGAUAUGUUUCGUAGAUGGCUUGAAUGCGGGGGCGAUUGGGAGAAGAAAGCCAACAAGCUGAUUGCAAAGCUGCUCGCAAAAAAGAUGUUCGAAGAGGAUGAAGACUUUCCUGGAGACGAAGACGAGUACUACUUUUACGUGAAUGCUGGCUCGAAGGUGCGGAAGGAGAACCGCACGAGUGAGGCCCUGCAACUCAAGGUGCGGGACACUGCACCCAACCAAGGGCUCGUGGAUGCUCUGACGUCCGAGGGCGGGAUUUUGGGAGCUGGAGCGCUUGCGGCCCCCGAGAAUAUGAGCGAGGAGGGCUCCAAGAACCUGCUGGACAGCUUGUGCAAGGAGGGUGUUGCCAAGGCCAAGCCACCAAAGGUGAAGGAUGAGGCCGGUACCGAGAAGGUGGAGCCCAAAGAGCCCUGGGAGAUGUGCGACGAGCGCAUGCAGGACAUUUUGAACGAGAGCACGGCCGCGCGCAAAUUCUCGAUAGCUCUCAAGCACGUGGAGUACUCGGGAGAUUUGGUGAAGGAUCUCACCAAACACAACAGCAAGCUUGAGGACAUCUACGCCAAGUUGCAAGAACUCAAAAAACGCGGUGUGAAAAAGGACAAGGAGUAUGUGAAGUUCUACGCCAUCGUGGACCACAUGCACGAAUGGUACAAGAAAGCCGAGGAGAGUGUGGGAGUG